CCAGGCGGGAGAGCGGCUGCAGCUCGCCCGGGUCGCGCCAGUGGAGAACCUUCGCGGUGCGCGUGAGCGGGAGCGGCGAGGAGCAGGCGGCCGGGGCCGACGCGCGCGGGCGGCGAGGGGCACGGCCACCGCAGCUCUUCCCCCUCCCCAUCACAUCGCUCCCCCCGCUUCGUGACACCCCUCACGCGGCCGCAGCCGGAGAACAGUCUCCAAGUGGCCAGAAAACGGGGAAGGGAAAGCCGCGGAGGCCUGGCCAGCGGGACCGUCGCCCUUUGUGGGCGCAACGCACACGGCCGCGAGCACCCUUCCCCCGAGGCGCUCUACGCCCGGAAGCUUUGUCGCACCGCUCGGCCCCGGCGAGGACGCCCAGGGAAGGGAAAAGCGGGGGCUCGAAAGCUCGCGUGUGGGGGUGGUGGUGGUGGUGCUGAGAGCGCCACCCGCCCAGCCGCCACCUCCGUAUCCUCCAUCCGCCGCAUCUCUGGGGCUGCCUCCGCACUCCCGGCCGGAGCUCAGCCUCCUGUGCUGCGGCCCGCACACACGCACACGCGUGCACACACACACACACACACACACACACACACACACACACACACUUCUCGGCGCGCACGCACGCCCGCCUGCCCGCCCUUCUCCCCGCCCCCUCCCCAGCUCCUUGAUCUCCCGUCUGUUUUAUUACUCCUGGUGCGAGUCCGGCGGACUCCGAGGCCCGCUAUUUGUUACCAGCUCGCUCUCAUUGGCGGGGAGCGCAGAGCAGCGGAGAAGGGGGUGGGGAGGGGAGGGGAAGGGAAGGGGUGGCCACUGCCCGGAGCCGUCUCCGCGCUGCUGUUGGUGCCGCUGCCGCUUCUGCUGCCUCUGCUGCCGCCGCCGCCUCCGGCUCCUCGCUCGGCCCCUCUCCGCCUCCAUGUGCCGGAUAGCGGGAGCGCCGCGGACCCUGCUGCCGCUUCUGGCGGCCUUGCUUCAGGCGUCUGUGGAGGCUUCUGGUGAAAUUGCAUUAUGCAAGACUGGAUUUCCUGAAGAUGUUUACAGCGCAGUCUUACCGAAGGAUGUGCACGAAGGACAGCCCCUUCUCAAUGUGAAAUUCAGCAACUGCAAUAGAAAAAGGAAAGUUCAGUAUGAAAGCAGCGAGCCAGCAGAUUUCAAGGUGGAUGAGGACGGCACGGUGUAUGCUGUGAGAAGCUUCCCUCUCACUGCAGAGCAGGCAAAGUUCCUGAUAUAUGCCCAAGACAAAGAAACCCAGGAAAAGUGGCAGGUAGCUGUAAACCUGAGCCGGGAGCCAACCCUGACUGAGGCACCUAUGAAGGAACCACAUGAAAUUGAAGAAAUAGUAUUCCCUAGACAACUUGCCAAGCACAGUGGAGCUCUACAAAGGCAGAAGAGAGACUGGGUCAUCCCGCCAAUCAACUUGCCAGAAAACUCCAGAGGACCCUUUCCUCAAGAGCUUGUCAGAAUCAGGUCUGAUAGAGAUAAAAACCUUUCCCUGAGAUACAGCGUCACUGGGCCAGGAGCUGACCAGCCUCCAACGGGCAUCUUCAUUAUCAACCCCAUCUCAGGACAGCUGUCAGUCACAAAGCCUCUGGAUCGAGAGCUGAUAGCCCGGUUUCACUUGAGGGCACAUGCGGUGGACAUCAAUGGCAAUCAAGUGGAGAACCCCAUUGACAUUGUCAUCAAUGUUAUUGACAUGAAUGAUAACAGACCUGAGUUUCUGCACCAAGUUUGGAAUGGGUCUGUUCCAGAGGGAUCAAAGCCUGGGACAUAUGUGAUGACGGUCACUGCCAUUGAUGCGGAUGAUCCAAAUGCCCUGAAUGGAAUGCUGCGGUACAGGAUCCUGUCCCAGGCUCCCAGCACACCUUCACCCAACAUGUUUACAAUCAACAAUGAGACUGGGGACAUCAUCACUGUGGCAGCUGGUCUGGAUCGAGAGAAAGUGCAACAGUAUACGUUAAUAAUUCAAGCCACCGACAUGGAAGGCAAUCCCACUUAUGGCCUUUCAAACACAGCCACAGCCGUCAUCACGGUGACAGAUGUCAAUGACAAUCCUCCAGAGUUUACUGCCAUGACUUUCUACGGAGAAGUCCCUGAGAACAGGGUGGAUGUCAUUGUAGCCAACCUAACUGUCACGGACAAAGAUCAGCCCCACACGCCGGCCUGGAAUGCGGCAUACAGAAUCAGUGGUGGAGACCCUACAGGAAGGUUUGCCAUCCUGACAGACCCCAACAGCAAUGAUGGGCUAGUCACAGUGGUAAAACCAAUUGACUUUGAAACGAAUAGGAUGUUUGUCCUUACUGUUGCUGCAGAAAACCAAGUGCCAUUAGCUAAAGGGAUUCAGCACCCACCUCAGUCGACAGCAACUGUGUCCGUGACAGUUAUUGAUGUCAAUGAAAAUCCUUAUUUUGCCCCAAAUCCUAAAAUCAUUCGCCAAGAGGAAGGCCUCCACGCAGGUACCAUGCUGACCACGCUCACUGCUCAGGACCCCGACCGAUAUAUGCAACAGAAUAUCAGAUACACAAAACUGUCUGAUCCUGCCAACUGGCUGAAAAUAGAUCCCGUGAAUGGGCAGAUCACUACGAUUGCUGUUUUGGACAGAGAAUCGCCAAAUGUAAAAAACAACAUCUAUAAUGCUACCUUCCUUGCUUCUGACAAUGGAAUCCCUCCUAUGAGUGGGACAGGAACACUGCAAAUCUAUUUACUUGAUAUCAAUGACAACGCCCCUCAGGUGUUACCUCAAGAGGCCGAGACCUGUGAAACUCCAGAACCCAACUCAAUUAACAUCACAGCACUUGAUUAUGACAUAGACCCAAAUGCCGGGCCGUUCGCGUUUGAUCUUCCCUUAUCUCCAGUGACUAUUAAAAGAAACUGGACCAUCAACCGGCUUAAUGGUGAUUUUGCUCAGCUCAAUUUAAAGAUAAAAUUUUUGGAAGCUGGUAUCUAUGAAGUUCCCAUCAUUAUCACAGAUUCAGGGAAUCCCCCCAAGUCCAACAUUUCCAUCCUGCGUGUGAAAGUUUGCCAGUGUGACUCCAAUGGAGACUGCACGGACGUCGACAGGAUCGUGGGUGCAGGGCUUGGCACGGGCGCCAUCAUCGCCAUCCUUCUGUGUAUCAUCAUCCUGCUGAUCCUUGUUCUCAUGUUUGUGGUAUGGAUGAAACGUCGGGAUAAAGAGCGCCAAGCCAAGCAGCUUUUAAUUGACCCAGAAGAUGAUGUAAGAGAUAAUAUAUUGAAAUAUGAUGAAGAAGGUGGAGGAGAAGAAGACCAGGACUACGACUUGAGCCAGCUCCAGCAACCAGAUACUGUGGAGCCUGAUGCCAUCAAGCCCGUGGGAAUCAGACGGCUAGACGAGAGGCCUAUCCAUGCUGAGCCACAGUACCCAGUCCGAUCCGCAGCCCCACACCCUGGGGAUAUCGGGGACUUCAUUAAUGAGGGCCUUAAAGCUGCUGACAACGACCCCACGGCCCCACCGUAUGACUCCCUCUUAGUCUUUGACUACGAGGGCAGCGGCUCCACGGCUGGCUCCUUGAGCUCCCUCAACUCCUCCAGUAGCGGUGGGGACCAGGACUAUGACUACCUGAAUGACUGGGGACCCCGCUUCAAGAAACUGGCGGACAUGUACGGCGGUGGUGACGACUGAACGGCAGGACGGACUUGGCUUUUGGACAAGUAUGAACAGUUUCACCUGAUAUUCCCAAAAAAGCAUACAGAAGCUAGGCUUUAACUCUGUAGUCCACUAGCACCGUGCUUGCUGGAGGCUUUGGCGUAGGCUGCGAACCAGUUUGGGCUCCCAGGGAAUAUCAGUGAUCCAAUACUGUCUGGAAAACACCGAGCUCAGCUACACUUGAAUUUUACAGUACAGAAGCACUGGGAUUUUAUGUGCCUUUUUGUACCUUUUUCAGAUUGGAAUUAGUUUUCUGUUUAAGGCUUUAAUGGUACUGAUUUCUGAAAUGAUAAGGAAAAGACAAAAUAUUUUGUGGCGGGAGCAGAAAGUUAAAUGUGAUAUGCUUCAACCCACUUUUGUUACAAUGCAUUUGCUUUUGUUAAGAUACAGAAUGAAACAACCAGAUUAAAAAAAUUAACUCAUGGAGUGAUUUUGUUACCUUUGGGGUGGGGGGGGAUGAGACCACAAGAUAGGAAAAUGUACAUUACUUCUAGUUUUAGACUUUAGAUUUUUUUUUUUCACUAAAAUCUUAAAACUUACGCAGCUGGUUGCAGAUAAAGGGAGUUUUCAUAUCACCAAUUUGUAGCAAAAUUGAAUUUUUUCAUAAACUAGAAUGUUAGACACAUUUUGGUCUUAAUCCAUGUACACUUUUUUAUUUUCUGUAUUUUUUCCACCUCGCUGUAAAAAUGGUGUGUGUACAUAAUGUUUUAUCAGCAUAGACUAUGGAGGAGUGCAGAGAACUCGGAACAUGUGUAUGUAUUAUUUGGACUUUGGAGUCAGGUUUUUUGCAUGUUAAUAUCUUUCGUUAUGGGUAAAGUAUUUACAAAACAAAGUGACAUUUGAUUCAACUGUUGAGCUGUAGUUAGAAUACUCAAUUUUUAAUUUUUUAAUUUUUUUUAAAUUUUUUUAUUUUCUUUUUGUUUGUUUUGUUUUGGGGAGGGAUAAAAGUUCUUAGCACAAGUGUUUUACAUAAUUUGUACCAAAAAAAAUUACACACAAAAAAAAAAAUGAAAAGAAAAGUGAAAGGGGUGGCCUGGUACUGGCAGCACUAGCAAGUGUGUGUUUUUUAAAAACAAAACAAACAAACAAAAAAAAAUAAAUAAAAAGAGGAAAAAGAAAAAAAAAAAGCUUUUAAACUGGAGAGAGUUCUGAAACAGCUUUGCGUCUGUGUUGUGUACCAGAAUACAAACAAUACACCUCUGACCCCAGCGUUCUGAAUAAAAAGCUAAUUUUGGAUCUGG